GCUGCUGCAGUUUGCAUUCUUGUAAUCCUAGAAACGCUGUCCUAUGACGUUUUGUUUUGAGAACAUUUUGGACAAAAUUAAACUUUUGAAUAUUAAUAUUUAAUUACUACUUAGUGUAAAUUAUCAAAUUAAGUGUAUCUUUAUAUUUUCGCUUCAUAAGUUUAUUUAUUUAAAAAAAUAAACGCUUUAAGAUAAUUGAGAUCAAAAUUAAAUGCAAAGAAAAAAUUGUUACAGAAAGUUGUUUAAUUUCAUAUAUGUUGUAUUAUAUAGGUAUUUAUACAUUCAGUUCGAAAAGAGCUCCAGUUCUUAAUCCCGCAACGAGGUCUGAUAUAAUUGACAAGACAAGAAUGCGCCACACUCAGCCAGGAACAUGCCUGCUCCAAACCAGCCGGCUUGCGUACCAGGGGACCAAAAUUUUGUGAGGAGUGAUACGUUUAGGAUGGGGGAGAGGUAGUUAUAAUCAGCCGGCUAUGAAACCUAAAGCCAAUAUUAGAAAGUAGGUGAGGUAGGUUAUCUCGUCGAGGGAGAGCAUUGGUGAUAUGUUACUAGUCAUUUCCGUUUCGGCCUUCGUAAUAUCUUGUAUCUUCAGAUGCCGAUUGCUUGUCGAUUCGAGGUGCUAGCACUUCUUCUUCUGAUUCGCUAUCAGUUUCUUCCAGUUGAUAUAUUUCUCUUGCUGCUUUGAUGAAUUAGACUUUGUCGUCUGCAGUAUCGAGCCAUUCAGAGGGAUUCCUGGUGUAAUACUCCAUGUCCUGCAUCAGUGAGUUUUUCCACGUGUAGAUAGGUCUACUUACUUUAGUUUACUGGCUCUGCAGCUAUAUGCCGCUUCUAAGAGGUGAGGUUUUGGGCGUCUAAAGAUGUCCUAGGUAGCACAUUCGGAGGCAUUUUAUCGUUUUGGUUAUUGUUUUUCCGUUGAAUUUAUCACGAAUCUUACCGGAUACCGGUGCUGUUCCUGACUUAUUUAUCAUGUCUCUUAAGACGCAACGAGGAGGUCUGAUAUAAUUUAUCAAUAUCGCGACUAAAUUGUUAAAAACCUGUAAACAAUUUUUAUUCUUGCAUAAGGAUGCUCCGUAAUUGUAUGGGCAAACUGCUAAGAAUGUUGCACAGUUUUUUAAGCAUUCUAGUGAACGUGGUCCGUGGUCGCCGACAGAGCUAGAAAUGAAACCGGGGCGGGUCAAGACCCGUCGAGUUCGGCUGGGAAUGUAGCGGCCGGCAAAGGGCUGGGCGUUUCAGUAACAAGCUGGCGUGAGUUUUAGAGUUAGAAGGCACCACGCUGUCGUCCGACAUGAGAACCCGAAUCGCCCUCUCAAUCUUUAGAAUCAAUUGUUCCUAAAACCGAAAGCGGUCUCGAGACAUUCGAUUACCCCAAGAGAUUCUAUGUUCCUCUUAACUAUGGUUGUCAGAUUGUUACCUACCUAUAACGUGGUAUAGGCAAAUGAUAGCAACGAACCAUUUCUAGAUUGCGAGCUCCCUUAGCGAUGUGACGCAAAACGCGCGUGGAUUGUUUGAGUGGCUUGACGUCGUCUAGACUAGACUAUUACUGUUGAUUAGGGGGGCUUGUUGCCGCUGCUGUUACUGUACUGUGGGUGUGAGACUAGAGAGAGUCGUUUGUUUUUGUGUAAGCGACCUAUCAAUACCGUGUAACCUGCAUUCAUCCCGUUAGUGUUGAAGGUGCGCGAGGAGAUAGGCACUGCGAUUAGGUCGUUGCCUGCAUUGAAAUAAACGAAAUAGCAGUAAACUUAACUAAAAAGUACGAAAUCUCAAGCUUAAAUAGGAAUAAAAUACUAUAGUAAAUUAACAAAUACGACUUAAAAACAGAACCAUUCGACUUGAAUCUUGUAAAAACUUAGCACUUUUACUGUCUCUUGGUCACAGAAAUUCGGUAUAUUACAGGUGGAAACAGGUAGUGGUGUAGAUAUUAAUGCAAAUAAACAUUUUCGUUUAGAUCGCAUACGUAACGAACACAUCCGUGGUAGCCUCGGAAUUCGUGACGUAGCGGAUAAGCUGCAGGAAAGUCGCCUCUGAUGGUAUGGCCAUAUAAGCCGCAGACUAGUAGACUACGUCGGAAAUAGAUGCCUCAACCUCACUGUCCAAGGCCCUAGAUCACGCGGCCGCGGUAGGCCUAAGACGCGCUGGCUGGAGGUCGUGAGAGCGGACAUGGAAGAGAACAAUCUCACAUCUGAGGAUGCCGAAGACCGCGCAAAGUGGAGAAGAUUAAGUAGGAAAGCGGACCCUGGCGCUAGGCCGGGAAAGCGCUAGGUUGAAGAAGAAACAUUUUCGUUGUUGAUAUAAGCGUAUUGACAGAGUGGCCCGAGCUGCGGUCUCCGCAGAGAAAUAAUCAGACCAAGACAAGUCUGCAACGAUUUAAUAGCACACGUAGUGGAAGUGUUAUUUAUACGUCAUAAUUUCUUGACGUUUAAAAUAAAAUUUGCACUGCACUGCGUGUGCCAUCAAAAUCGUUGCAGACUUAUCUUGGUCUGACUCUGUUAGUUCACUCCUUGUCUCUAAAUUUGUGGGUCUCAAAAUGGUCCCAGACUAAAUACGACACAUAGAAUAAAAUAUUAUCAGAUAUAUUUUAUAUUUCACUGAUAAUUUUUGAAGCUUGUUUGUAUGUUGCUAGGAUACAUCCUUUAGGCGAUAUCAUAUUACAGACGAAAUACAUUCAGCAAUUAAAAAUAGUUUAGGGGGAAUUCUGAUGAUACUUAAAUUGGCCUGGGCUCUUCCAAUUUCAUCGACAUAUUUUUGUCAGUACAAUAAACACUUCAAUAUCUAUUUUAUCAUAGAGAAAUUAUAACGUCUCUUGGUUUCUCAAUGUCAAAAAUCAUAUAAGGAAUUUUUAAAAAACGAUUAUACAGCAAGACGCAACACUGUAAUUAUAAUUACGACAAAAGUAAAAUGAAAACAAAUAGGAGACUGCAAACCGAGUGCUUGCUUAACAACAUAAUAGAUAAGGAGUUCCAAGCCAUGAUGUUUCCUUUAGGCGUAGUCCCGUCUUUCUUCUUAAUGUCUCAUUUUAGAGUCAUUAAUAAUUUUAUCACUCCCGAAAACCGUGCGUCGUCUUAUAUCAAAUCUUUUAUCGGUUCUUGUAUUCUUGUGUUGGGUCACUUUUUUCACUUCUAUUAUUUUACUGAAGCUGUGAAGAGUUUUAGCAGUGGAGUUGUCAUUUUUGUUUUUUAUUUCAACUUUGUAUUUUUUUCGUUAAUAUCAAUUAUGAGUCAUAUUGUCAGUUCAUCACAAAGAAAUAACAUCGUUGAGCUUAUUAUUACAUUGCAACAUGUGCUUAAUUUUAUUAAAAUUGACAAAGUGGAAUUCUUUUCUAAACACAAGAAUGGAAAUUGGCUUAGUGUAUUGAUGGUUUUUAGUAUCUACCUUUUUCACACUCUAUUUUCUUGCCAAGGUUAUGGGUUUCUUGAGCUUUUCAUGAAUUUCAUAUUGAUGGUACCGAUGUUGAUUUUUGAUAUCCACGUAGUUACCGUUACUCGUAUUAUUCUAAUGAUCAAAAACGAGCUCCUUGCCUGGAAUCAUAUAAUGGAAGAAUAUAAGACAGUAUAUUAUAUUGGAAGUAACGAAGAAAUUGUAAAUGUCGCUGCCUCGGAAAGCAAUAUGUUAGAUGCAUACGUUAAUGCAAUUAAAGCAUUUCGUUUAUGCAAUAAAGUGUAUCAGUUUUCGGUAAGGUGAAGUCAUUGUCUUUAUACAUUUUUGUUAAGUCGUAUAAUUAAAAUUUGUAAUAAAAUUUGUUAAAUUUGCAUUCAUUAAACGAGUUUCGUUUUCAUUUUAAAAAGAUUUUGCCUGAAAGAGAUUGCUCUUUAGCAAUAAGGCCGCAUGUUGUUCAUCUCCGUCUUUCUGUAUUUAACAUGUAUUUUCUUUGUACACUUUGAGGUUGUGUAUUAAAGGGGAUUUGCAUUGUAUUGUAUUGUAAAAUGUAUUAUAUAACAUUGUGAACCAUGUGUUUUUCAGUUAACCUACUAUGGAUUCUACACGUUCUUCGGUAUUUUAAUUACUUUAGAAUUGUUCCUCGAACUUGGCAAAUCGAUUCCGGAAGAAAGUAUCGUAAGUUUACAUCCUAAUGUAUAUAGUAUCUGCAGAAUUUAUUCAACUUUGUUUUGACAAUAAUUUGGUUUUCGUUCUCAUUUUUCAGCAUAAAAUUCCAACGAUGAUAUUGUUACCAGUCACUUGGAAUAUGAAGAAUUUUUUGUUAAUGGCAGUACUAAGUAUAGCCUGUGAAAAGUUCUAUAAAUCUGUGGAAAUUGCUGAGGAUUCUUGUACCCAAAUAUUGAGUUACAGUC